AUGCUCAACUGCAAACCUGUGUCCACUCCUAUGACAACCAACUCAACCAUGGCUGCAACAUCAACGGCAUUCGAUAAUCCCAAACUGUACAGACAGAUUGUUGGACCUCUCCAAUAUCUUACUCUCACAAGACCUGAUAUUACCCAUGCAGUGAAUCGGGCCUAUCAAUUCAUGCACCAACCGACUGUGGACAACUUUGAAAAGCUGAAGCAAAUCCUGCGCUACCUGCGUGGCUCAAUUCACAACGGCAUUCCCAUAUCUCGCGGCAAUCUUCAACUCAGCAGCUACACCGACUCAGACUGGGCCGGCGACAUACAGGAUCGGAAGUCGACCACAGGGUACUGCAACUUUCUGGUAACUACAUUGAUUUCAUGGUGUGCAAAGAAACAUACUACGACGGCGCGGUCCUCGGCUGACGCUGAAUAUCGGGCGAUCGCUACUACUACAACUGAAACUCUCUGGCUAUGA